AUGUGGCUUAUGAUAUGGCCCAUCGCGUUCUGGGCAGCUGCCGUCAUGCUUGCCAGCUCACUAUUUUAUAUCCAAUACAGAGUUAAAUGGCUCAGGACUGAGGCUAUUUUGAGCAUCAUCUUUGUUCUUCUGAACUUCACUGUAAUUGUGUUUCUUGGCUACCAAUGGGUCUCCUAUGAGCUUGACUUUGAUGAACUCAACAGACGACACCCGCAUAUCAUCAAUACUCAGUGCAUUAUUUCACACGUCAUAUUUUUCUCAUCGUUUGGAAUUUCAGUCAUCGGUUGCGCCAGCUACUUCUUUGUGAAAAGACUCCUCCUCCCCAGCCGCAAACAUCACAUCAACAAUAGUAAAAUCCAAUUGCUCCUAUGUGCCUUUGCUAUGGGCAGUGCUUGGAUGGUCACAUACCCUUCAUCACAAGCAAAAGACAGCCAAGAUGAAUUCAGAGAAUUGCUUGAGAGCGGAAAACACGAGGAAUUGCGGUCCAAGCUCCGUGGCCUCGCUAACCUCCAUAUUGGCCUUGAAGUAUUCGCAUGGCCUAUGGUUUAUGCAGGCCUGUACGCGUUUGCCAGAGCGUUACGCUCAAUAAAGUCCCGUGCAUCGGACUGCUUUUUUAAAGCCUCCCUCCUCCGGCACGGAAUUUCCACUCCACCUUAUUCUCCCCGCAGACCUUACGAGGCAGAAUACGGCGAUCUCCAAGCUGAAUUCUUCGGCAACAGCGCUCUUGUUCAGCUAAAAUCGUUUGACCAGCAUCCUAUGGUUCGUCCAUUGGCAAAUGCUACACGCCAUCCGCCAAGAAACAGGCUAGUAUCUCUAGCAGAAAUACCAGAUUUGAGACUCCCUCCUCCAGCAUUCCUGGGCGAUCAGAGUUUUUCUCCAGGGCUAGUCUCAAUAGACACCUUCGUCCUAGAUGUGCCGUGGACAACCCCAUGUUCGAGAUUGAGUCACUGUUCGAUUACAUAG